CAACAUGACUGACUGUGAAGCGGUGGCUAAGGCAGAGCAGCUCUGCUGGCGCAGGCAGGAGGAGCAGGAGGAUUAUUAAAUAACGCAGCUCGACUCUGUGCAACUGGGAGUGGAGAGAAGGAGCCCAACAGCCGAGAAGGGGAGGGAGGGCAGAGGAGGGGGACCGGGAAAGACACCCCCCUUGCCCCGAAGACGUAAAUCCCCGAGUGCCCGGGAGCAGCCCAACAAGCGACGCGGAGCCCUCAAGGCUGCUAAGUUGGCUAUCACAGUGCAAGGCUUGGAGUCCCGAUGGGGGACUCUGGAUCAAGACGAUCUACCCUGGUCUCCCGAUUGCCAAUAUUCAGAAGGAGUAUUAGCAGAAAACAUGAUUCUCUUCCUUCUUCACCCUCCUCCGGUAAUACAGUCGGUGUCGGUGUCCACAGUUCAUCUCCUUCCAGCACUAACUCAAGCUCAGGUAGUACAGGUAAACGCAGGAGCCUCUUCCGUACUCCUUCCAUUAGCUUCCAUCAUAAGAAGGGGAGUGAACCUAAGCAAGACACUACCAACCAGAACCUUAGUAUUUCAAAUGGUGCUCAACCUGGUCACAGCAGUAUGCAAAAACUGAGUUUGGAAGAACAUACUAAAACCAGGGGAAGACAUUCUGUUGGUUUUAGCAGUUCACGAAAUAAGAAGAUAACAAGAUCUUUGACAGAGGAUUUUGAAAGGGAGAAGGAGCACUCGACUAAUAAGAAUGUCUUUAUAAAUUGCCUAAGUUCUGGCAAAAGUGAGGGAGAUGAUUCUGGAUUCACAGAAGAACAAACUCGCCGUUCUGUUAAGCAGUCAACAAAGAAGCUUCUUACUAAAUCUUUUUCAUCUCACUAUAAAUUUUCUAAGCCAGUUCCACAGAGCCAAUCCAUUUCAUUGGUACAACAAUCUGAAUUCUCAUUGGAAAUUACAGAGUACCAAGAGAAGGAACCUGUAUUACUAAGAGCUUCUCCGUCUUGUUCUGUGGAUAUAACAGAACGGGCUGGAAGCUCUUUACAAUCUCCAUUGCUUUCUGCUGAUUUUACUACCGCUCAGACACCUUCAGAGUUCUUAGCCUUGACUGAAGAUUCUGUGUCUGAAGUGGAUGCAUUUCCUAAAAGUGGAAGCAUGGCAUCCCACUGUGACAACUUUGGCCACAAUGAUUCUACCUCUCAGAUUUCUCCCAAUCCUGCUGCUGUUACAAAGACAACAGUAGACCUUAUGGGAACUGUUCCCUGUGCAAUUAUGUCUCCUGGGAAAUACAGGUUAGAAGGUCGAUGUAGCACUGAAUCUAAUUCCUUACCAGAAAUCUCUGCUGCUAAUCAGAAGGAAGUGUUAUUGCAAAUCACUGAACUACCUGUUAUGAAUGGAAGUGACUCAGAGACUCACCUAUCAGCAGAUACAAAAAGGGAACAUAUGGUGAUACAAAAUGGUGAAACAAUGUUGGCAACAAGCUCCCCAAGGAAACUUGGAUUUUAUGAGCAACAUAAAGCAAUAACUGAACGUGUUAAAGGGAUCCAUCCUAUUUCAGAUUCAAGGAUAAUACCCUCUUCUGGUGAUCAUCAUAUUUUAAACAAAACAUCAUAUGGAUAUGAUGCAAAUCCUGCCAAAGUUCUUGCCAGUAGCCUCAGUCCAUACCGUGAAGGAAGGUUUAUAGAGAGGCGACUGCGAUCCUCAUCAGAAGGAACUGCGGGGAGUAGCAGGAUGACUUUGAAACCAAAAGAUGGAACUGCAGAAGAAGUUAAUAGUCUAAAAAAGCAAAGAGCAGGUUCAUCCUCUUCAAAAAUGAACAGCAUGGAUGUUUUGAAUAAUUUGGGAUCUUGUGAACUGGAUGAAGAUGAUCUAAUGCUUGAUUUGGAAUUUUUAGAGGAACAGAAUCUUCAUCCUUCAGUUUGCCGGGAGGAUUCAUACCACUCUGUGGUCUCAUGUGCUGCUGUAGUUCUCACUCCUAUGGAACCAACAAUAGAGAUGAAGAAAAGAGAAGAACUAAAAUUUUCUGAACCUUCAAAACAGAACCUUUCCCUGAAAUUAACAAAAGACAUUGAUCAGGAAGCCAGGUGUUCUCAUAUUAGGGGAAUGCCCAGCAGUCCAUCUGCAGAUUGGCCCCUGCCAGGUGUGGAAGAAAAUGGUGGCAUAGAUUCUCUGCCCUUCAGACUGAUGUUACAAGACUGCACAGCCGUCAAGACAUUAUUAUUAAAGAUGAAGAGAGUUCUUCAAGAGAGUGCAGAUAUGAGCCCAGCAAGUAGCACCACUUCACUUCCUGUUAGUCCUCUUACUGAAGAGCCAUCACCUUUCAAGGAUAUAAUGAAAGAUGAAUGCUCAAUGUUGAAGCUGCAGCUGAAAGAGAAGGAUGAACUAAUUUCCCAGCUUCAGGAAGAACUGGAAAAAGUCCAGCAUUUACAGAAGGCUUUUGCUUCGAGAGUAGAUAAAUCCACACAAACUGAACUUCUAGGCUAUGAUGCCCUGUGGAAUCCUACAUGCACUGAAGGUUUAUUUAAGCCAGUACAUAUUUCAACCUAGGUUAAAUCAUUAUUUGAUAAGAAAUGUAUCACAAAUCUGACAUGCUAAAUGUUAAGUCAAUUUUUCAUUAUUUCAUAUGUUAGCUAUUUCUCAAAGUAUGUAAUACAGAAUUGUUUCCAUUCCAAUAUUUCACACUUUUUGCAUUUGUAUGCAAUUGCAUAAAAUAUUAACGUAGAUUAAACUAACAUAUUCCUAUCUUACUGUAUUUUUAAAGCAAAAAUAGACAUUUUUAAAUUGUCUCUAUAUGCAGCUAUUCUAAAAUGUAAUAUUCCACUUGGCAGUACAUAUUUUUUGUUCAGCCUUCUUAUCCAUGUCAUUUGUCUCUUCGGUUAUAGUCUUUGUUUAAUUUCACCAUAUAUUCUAUGCACGUUAGGUAAGUUUGAAAACAGUGCUUCUAGUUUCCCCAUCCUAUUGUGACAGUUCUUAACUAAGAACUAAAUUACGUCUAUUUUUCCCUUGCAUUGAGAUCAAAAGAUGAAAGUGGUAUGUCUUCAAAUAAGUCAUGAAGAGUCUUAUUCUAACUCUAGAAAGUAAAAAACUUAUUUCUAUCUAAAUAAGUAAAGAAAGUUAUUGGCUAUUGACCUCAUAUUGAGGGAAGUUUAUUGAAUGUGUCAUAAAAAAGGCUGUCUCCUGGACUUGGCAUCACUGCCUGAUUUCUGUGUGUCCUUGUUUAUUGCCUUUAUAUAAUAACUCACUUUAAUUAUCAUAUGGCUGGGUAGCAACAAGACACUCUUAAAUGUUGUAGUUUAUUGCAAGGAUAAGUGACAGAACCCAGAGAAUGUCUCAGUUUUGUGGUGCAGGGCAGCAGAAGAGCCAUAGAGCUAAGGAGGGGAAAGCAGGUUUUACUGAAUUCUCUAUAUUUUUUUAAACAGGAAAUGAAAUAAUCGUGGUUAAUGAUGGUAACAUUUAGAAAUAUGCUAUAAAAUUUCUUAAAUUAUUUGAGUUAUUAUGUAACACAUAAUAUGCAUGAUCAAAUGUUGGGUUUAAACCAUGGUAUUAAAAUAAAACUAUAAAUAUAUUUAUUUACUUGAAAA